AAGCAUUGUUUGCUCAAGCUAUAGAAACGAAGAGCUAUGGCGGGAACAGGAAACGAUCCGCAGAAGCAACUGCUAAGCAUCAUCCGCAAUUUCGCCACCGAGAAAUCUCAAGGAGAACGAAGAGUAGUUACUCUCAGAAAGCAAAUCGAAACGCUGAAAUCAGAGUUGAGCGUCGCUAAUACGGAACUUGAGAAAGCUAAGCGCUGCAAAGAACUCGUUGAACAGGAACUAAAAGGUUUUGAACUUCAUCUCUUCUUGAGUGAAGCUUCGGUUCAAACCCUAGAGGCGAGGGUGUCUCUAACUCAAAAUGAGAUGUCUGCUGUGGAGUCUGAUUUGGAAACUCUCAAGAAUGAAGAAGUAGCUUUACGUGAUCGAUUCAUCUGCAACAUGCUUGACCUGAAUGCCAAAAUAAGGAAAUUUCAAGAGAGCAUCAUCACUUGCGACAUUGAUUCGGUAGAAGAUGCAGCUUGUGAAGAUCUGGCACAAGUAACUAUGGAAGAAAAUGAUACUGAUGUUGAUCUAGGUGCUCUUGAAAGUAGCCUUUUGGAGAUAAUAUCUCAAACAACUAAAGAGGAGCGUGAAUUACAAGCCCAGCAGAAAAUUUAUGAGACCGUCGAGCGUGGGUUACUUGAUUUGGAAAGAAAGGUGUCUUUAAUGAAUAUGUUUGUCACAGAAACAAAAGAAUUGCAAGAUCUCACCAUGCUGUCUUCUAAAUUCGAAGCAACAUACAGUUCACUUUGUGAAGAACUUCAGAACAGAUCUAUGUGCCCUAGAUGUCAUCUGAACAAUUUGGAGGCUUUAACUACUGUGUUGCACGCAAAUGAGGAAAACUAAUGUCUUGUAAGUAGUCUACUUCUUGACCAAACACUUAAAAAUGUUGAUCUCAAUAUGCUGUAUAGUGGUGAUACUGAAAGGUUCAUGUGUGGUUUAAAAUAGAAGAAACCUUCCAUUUCAGGCUAAAGAAAAAUACAUACCUCUCUCGUAUUCAGAUAGGAAACAGAAGAAAUUGGGAACACCAACACUGGUUUCUCUUUCAUGUAUUUGUUUCUUAGUACAUAGCUUUGCUAUUGACCAAUAUAAUAUCUGUAAAAUUUACUUUUUCCAUGCAGCAAUAUUUUCUGAGUUGGGGUAUGACUUUCCUAGCUAAGCUGCCUAUUGGUUUUCUACAAUGAUAAUACAUUUUGGAAAUUGAAAUAUGCACCAUUUUCCGAUUAUCCUGCUCUACUUGAUGUCCUGUGCCUGUAUCGUGUUUUUAAUUUAGUGCUUGGUAAUGAUUUUUUUUUGGCACUUUGUAGCCUCUUACAUUCUUUGUUGACAACAGCAGUAAUGUUGAUUUGAUUAGGAUUUCUUCAUAAUUUUGUUUCUUGGAUUAAAAUCACAAUUAUGAAACAGAGUUCUCAGGAUAGGGAGCCAUGUUGGGUUAAUAUUAUGCAAACUAAUGGAACAAGUCCUUCGUGUGAUGAAUGAAUUUCUGUGUGACAAUAUAAUAAUGCAGAAACAGGGGAGUGACCACAAAACCCGCUUUCCUUCCAAAACUUAUAAAAUCUCUCUAGUUUCUAAACCGGAAUUCUAACAAAAAAUCUUUGGCCAAUGGCAAAGAUCAACAAGUCUUCACUCUUUAUUUUUUAUGAUUCUACCUAAUUGUGUUUGGAAUCCACCAGGUUUUCUACAAUUUGAGGAUGUAUAUUUGAAUUAUGGGAGAAUUCUACAUUACAUUCUUCCAACCCUUGAACACUUAUAUUUGUUAUUUGUGAGCAGUUCUUCCUGUCACAGUUCACAGUCCAGUUUACCAAGUAGAACCGAACCAAACUGGAAAAUGCACUUUGCUCGAAUCAAAUCGAACUACUUGUGUUUUAUCCCAAACCACACCGAAAAACAGUUCAAACUGAACUACUUGUGUUUUAUCCUGAACCAAAUUUGAUUUUUGAUUCAUUGCAUUGAUUUCUUAAGUU